AUGGCAAUGGCAGUCGACCGCCAACAGACUCAGAUGAGCAACAUGGGCUACGAUCCCUCCAUGCGUUACCCACCACCACCACACUUCACCAAUCCGUGGGUGUCGGGCGCGUCGCAACAGCAAUUGUACUCGACGUCGAUUGCGCCAAAUGUCUCGGCUGGUCUUGAUGCCUCUACUCAACGUCCCACCAGCAUUGCGAUCCCGUACCACGGGCUGCAAGUGACUGCUCCUCCUCUAGGACAAGGUAUUACUCUCCCGGAUGGCACCUUCGCAACAGACAGCUUACCAGAUAUGUCGCAAGAUCUCAUGGCCCGGGGUUACACAAGUGGUUACGCUGCAUCUGCCUCACCAAACAACCAAACCUAUGCUCCCACAUCAGCUCCCUAUUCUCAGGUGGAAUAUGGUAGCCAAGACCGAAGCUCCUACCCAUAUCAGGAUGCUUCUCGUCGCUCUUCACACCCGUCAGUCCCCUCAGCAUUCUAUGAAUCCCUGGAAGCCCAACGACAACGCCAAAGUUCACUUGUUGACUUUAGCAGAAUGAACGCACAACAACCGCCGCGCAGCAGCUUCAGCGAGGCUCUCGACGCCAGCCGCGGUAUGGUAUCCUUGAGCCAGUCAGAUAUCACACCAAGGAACAUCUACGGGCAGCCAAGGUACCAGCCGCAGCUCUACCGACUCCGGGUCGAGGGACAAUCAGUAGAUCUCGCCAGCUCGCGCACACUUCCCCGCCCCAAUGCGCUCCUCGGAGCCUCUAUGCCCCCUGCACCCCAGUCGAUGAUGAGCCAAUUCAGCUCCAAGGUCUCGUCAAGCUCCCAGAAGAAGCACAAGUGCAAGAUUUGCGACAAGCGUUUCACCCGCCCUAGCUCGCUGCAAACACACAUGUACAGCCACACUGGCGAGAAGCCAUUUGCAUGCGAAGUCGACGGCUGUGGUCGCCAUUUCUCGGUAGUCUCCAACUUGAGGAGGCACCGAAAAGUGCACAAGAACGAAGGUGGUCAAGAUCACCCCUCACCCGAGGACGCUUGA